AUGGCGACCACAUUGACUGAUGAAAAGCGACCUCAAUUACAGCCCGUCUGCCAGAACUGUGGUACCUCGACCACUCCCUUGUGGCGCCGCGACGAGCUGGGCUCCGUUCUUUGCAACGCUUGCGGACUGUUUCUGAAGCUGCACGGGCGGCCUCGCCCGAUAAGCCUGAAGACCGAUGUGAUUAAAAGUCGCAAUCGCGUCAAGACGGGCCAGGGCCCCAAACGCAAGUCUGGCGGCCCAAUCGAUAAUAAUGGCCUGGCUGGGACCACGGAGGCUGGGACACCUCUUGGUUCCAAUGCUUACCGUCGCGCCUCGCGUAAGAUGUCCCCGGGUCACUCGGAUCGCUCGAAUUCCCCUUUGUCGCGUACCGAGACUCCCGGCUUCGGGUCGAUGCAAUCCCACAACUCGAACAUCGCUCCGCAACAUAUGUUCGACCAGGUCACUGCUGGUCGUGAUAGCGGACUAGGAUCGUCCAGCCUUCCUUCCCUUCCGCUGCGACAACCCUCUCCCUCUGCCGUCGAUCGUCAACUCGAGUCCCCUCAGACCUACGAAAGCCUGCUGGCCCUCAACACUUCCCUCAAGACUCGCGUCAGUGAACUGGACUUGAUCAAUGAGCUUUUCCGCGGUCGAGUUGCCGAACUCGAGCAGAGUGACGCAAGCGCGCGUCGGUCUGAGAUGAUUGCGCGCGACUCUGAAGCUCGCCUGCGCCGUACUCUUGAGGAGACCCAGCGCCGCGAGGAGGAUCUGAAGCGUCGCGUCAGCGAACUCGAGCGUCAAAUCGGCGGCAGCGGCUCCUUUGAUGCGGAUAGCUCAGAGCCCUCCGCUAAGCGCAUUCGCCUCUCCGACAUGGUUGAACACUCUCCUGAGGAAUCGCCAGCGCCACCAAAGUCUCCCAAGAGCAACUAA